AUGGAUUUGAAAGAAAUUAUAAAAGUUCAUAAUUUUGCCAAAAAGUUAACAGCAGACUGUGAACGCUUAUUAUCUGUGCCAAUUUUUGUUCAGGUCCUUUUAAGUGCAUUUGUCUUGUGCUUCACUGCAUAUCAGCUAAGUUCUAUGUCAAUCACAGAUAGUCCAGGACAAUUUAUUGCAACUACGAAUUUUCUUUUUGUUAUGGGAUUGCAGAUAUAUUUGCCAUGUCAUUAUGGAAAUCAAAUAACUCUUGAAGCUGGAAAGUUAAGUGGGGCACUUUAUAGCUCAAAUUGGACAGCUUUUCCUCAAAAAUCAAAGAAGAUUAUCUCAUUGUACAUGGAGUUUUUGAAGGAACCCAUUUACGUAAAAGCUGGCAAAUUUUUUCAAAUUGGAAUACCCACGUUUGCAAAGACUGUUAACAAUGCAUUUUUGCUAUUAUGUAUUUCCUAUCAUUUGAAUAGGUUCCUCAGAAUAAUUAGGUACCCAUAUAAUGUAGAGAAUUUGGAGAAAUCUAUCCGCAUUCAACGUUAG